GUCCGGUGUUCCCCGGACCGGGUGUAUCGCCGGGGUCCGGUAGAGUUAUAUCGGUGCGGAGGAAGAGACGACUUUUGGAGACGCUGGGCACUUGUUGGCAUUUGUGGUGUGAGACUGUGGCUUGAGCAGGUGUUUGGAAAAGGUGUCGCACUUGUCCGCAGCUGCGGUCUCUUCCCUGUAGGGGGCGUGAUCCUCGAUGGAAGAAGUUUAGUCAGAACUGGUAUCCGUGACCCUGAACUCUCCGCGCUCCUCACUCGUCAUGCUCGGUGCUCGGUUCCGCGUUCCUCCGGUGGCCGGUGCUGGGGGCCGGUAAGCGGAGCCCCCGGGGUGUAGCUGCUGCCGAGCGCAGGAGCCCGGUCUGGUUGGAUCGCUUCUCCUGUGACUGUUUAUCACAAGUGUUAACUUUCCGUGUGACAAGAUCAGAAAGCUGGAGUUCUGGAAUAUAAUGCCGAGCAGGAUGGGGUCAAGAAUGGAUUUAUCAAAGGACUUCAUUAAAAUGAAGGCACACUACAAUGGAGAUAUUCUGAUCACCCGCCUGGGAGCAUCGAUGAAUUAUGAUGAACUGUGCGAUGAAGUGAGAGAGAUGUGCAGUCUCCACCAGGGGCAGCCGAUCACGUUGAAGUGGAUUGAUGAUGAAGGUGACCCCUGCACAAUUUCUUCACAAAUGGAGCUGGAAGAAGCUUUCCGAUUAUACUCCAUAUAUAAAGAGGAGGGCCUCAGCAUUCACGUAUUUCCAAGCAUACCAGAGAAGCCAGGCUUGCCUUGUCCAGGGGAAGACAAAUCAAUCUACCGUCGAGGGGCCAGAAGAUGGAGGAAGCUCUACCGAGUGAAUGGGCAUCUGUUUCAAGCCAAACGCUUUAACAGAAAAGCCUACUGUGGCCAGUGCAGUGAAAGGAUAUGGGGCCUUGGGAGGCAAGGCUACAAGUGUAUCAACUGCAAGCUACUUGUCCAUAAACGCUGUCACAUACUUGUCCCACUGACCUGCAGAAAGCAUAUGGAUUCGGUCAUGCCUUUCCAGGAGCCGCGAGUAGAUGAUAAAAGUGAUGAGGGAGAUAACCCCCCAGAAGAAACAGAUGGAAUUAAUAUUAUCCCUCCACCUCGGAAAAUUGAAUCACGGAAAGAUGUGUCUGAGGACAUUAAACCUGUCAUUGAUGGAUUGGAUUGUAUUAAAAUCUCACAGGGACUUAGCCUUCAGGACUUUGAUCUCAUCAGAGUGAUUGGUAGAGGAAGCUAUGCCAAAGUCCUUUUAGUACGGUUAAAAAAGAACGACCAAACGUACGCCAUGAAGGUGGUGAAGAAGGAGCUGGUGCACGACGAAGAGGAUAUUGACUGGGUUCAAACAGAAAAGCACGUCUUUGAACAAGCUUCCAGUAACCCCUUUCUAGUUGGCCUGCAGUCUUGCUUCCAGACACCAAGCCGGUUGUUUUUGGUCAUAGAGUAUGUAAAUGGGGGUGACCUCAUGUUUCAUAUGCAACGACAAAGAAAACUCCCCGAGGAACAUGCCAGGUUUUAUGCUGCUGAAAUCUGUAUUGCCCUAAAUUUCCUGCAUGAACGAGGGAUCAUUUACAGAGAUCUAAAGCUUGACAAUGUUCUUUUGGAUGCAGACGGUCACAUCAAACUAACUGAUUAUGGCAUGUGUAAGGAGGGCCUAGGGCCAGGAGACACAACAAGCACUUUCUGUGGAACGCCAAAUUACAUUGCUCCUGAAAUCCUCCGAGGAGAAGAGUAUGGUUUCAGUGUGGACUGGUGGGCACUUGGUGUGUUGAUGUUUGAAAUGAUGGCUGGGAGAUCUCCAUUCGAUAUCAUUACUGACAAUCCAGACUUGAACACUGAAGAUUAUCUGUUCCAAGUUAUCCUAGAAAAACCUAUAAGGAUUCCAAGGUUCCUGUCUGUGAAAGCUUCCCAUGUCUUAAAAGGAUUUUUAAGUAAGGAUCCCAAAGACAGACUUGGAUGCCAGCCUCAGACAGGGUUUGCUGAUAUUAAGUCACAUACCUUUUUUCGCAGCAUAGACUGGGAUAUGCUGGAGAAAAAGCAGGUUGUUCCUCCUUUCAAGCCUCAGAUCACAGAUGACUAUGGUUUGGAGAACUUUGACACUCAGUUUACCAGUGAACCAGUUCAGCUUACACCGGAUGAUGAAGAUGUAAUAAAACGAAUAGACCAAUCGGAAUUUGAAGGCUUUGAGUAUAUUAACCCAUUGCUGCUCUCCACUGAAGAGACAGUAUGAAGGACUGAGAUAUUUAUGGACAAACCACACGAUUGAUCCCGAACUUGUAUCCCUAACUACAGUAUAUGCAUGCGAGGCUGGAAACUGAUGCCAGGUUCUUAGUCCAGAUCAGCACUGCAGGAUUUGCUGCUGAAAAUCAUCUACAGCGGAGACGCUUCUAGUGGAUCUCUUCCUGCGUAGUAGCUGCUCUCUACAUGAGGAGAUGGCUUUCCGGCUCAGUUACACAAGGGAUUUCACUUUUUGUGCCUGCCUAUUUGAAGGGUCUACAGUGUAUGUAAAUUCCAUCUGAGGGCGCCUGUAUGGAAGAGCUGUUUUAUUUCAGGCAAUCAUGUAAGCAAGCCGCUUCCAUUAGUGCAUUAGAUGCUCUGUGCUGCACUCCGCUGGGAAAAAAAACUAAAGGAGAAAGUAAAGGCUUUGGCAGCAUCUGGAAUAUAGUGACUUUCUCCUCCCAUCAGCAAUGUGGCACUUGUCAAUCUGGGUAAUAAAUAAAAGUUGUUACACUGAUUAUAUACAAGAUUAAUGUUGCCCCGGCACCUAUACGAAUGAAUUGCACUGGUAAUAUUACAAGAGUAGAUUAAGACGAUUUGGACUUUUUCUAAAACAAAAAAUCACAGUGAUUUUGCACUUAAACUAAAUCUACAACCAACGUGGUGCAGUAAAGGCAAUAAAAAAAACAAAAAAACAAUUUGUUGGGAGGUGAAAUAACAAAUUUGCACAUUUGAAUGGCUUUCUGGAAAUCCACAAUGUAAUGUGCCUAAUUCUUAGCUUGUAGUUGUGUGACAUUUUGCUAUUUGAACAAUUCCAAUGCAGUAUUCCAUGCAGAGACCCGCCCAGCCAUAGGUCCUGGUAACAACAUAUCCCUAUAGCCUUAACAGGUGGAAUCGAAAAAUCUCCUAAUCACUUCUAAUGCGUUUCCCUCAUUUCUCGUCCUAAUCGAGCACACAUUUUCCACAUGUUGGCUACUUGAUUCGUUUUAUAGCUGCAGUUUGGAGGUAGAGGUCAAGACACCCAGAGACUUGAGCCCAUGCCACCACAAGUUAUAUUUCCACCUAAGCUUCUACUGGCAAAUGUGUGAUUGCUGAUUUACACCAAUGUCUUAACUUAUGAGGCAAAAUAAACUGCUUCUUGAUCAUUUAUCUGGGGUCUCGCUUACAUAAAAUGUUACGGUCAUCAGAUCUAAUUUACAUGAUUAUUUGUGGCAUAAGAACAAAAUAACAUUCCAUACGAAUGCCCCAAAUAUUUCAGUCAUUUAAACAAUAUAAAAGCACACGCUGACAACUGUAAAAUAAAUAGAAGCAUUGAGAAUACAUGGGAGUUGAACAUCUGACACACUUAACAUAUACUGACUUGUGGCCACCAGUCCUCAGCACAUUCCAGAUUCACUAUCCUCAUAAAGAAAAGAAAUAAAAAAAUCAUUGACCAUUUACUAGCUACUAAGUUAUUUAAAAAAGUAUUUAAUCACGAGACCUGUGAUCGACCCUCCUCCGAACAACGUUUGAUGUCUGCUGAAUUUACAAAUCCAUUUUGCCGUUUGGUAAACCAGGGGGCGAGCUCUGUAACUCCAUGUAUCAGACCAAAUGAUAUACUGCAUCAGGGACGGGAGCAAAGAUUUGGUCCUGUGUAACGUCUCGUGCGUGGAUUUGGUGAAGGAUGAAUUACAGGUUCUGUAUAUUUGCUGACCAUUUAACACCGAGAAAAACACACUACUUGAUUUUAUACAUUUAAUUUAAGGCAUUUAAAAAUGUUCCUGUGUUGCCAAAUAGUUUUGUUGCUCAUAUGCAAGUGUAUGAAAAAAAAUGUUUUGUUCACAAUGAAGGGGAAAUUUUUUUAUAUAUAUAUUAAAAAAAAAAAAGGACUUGUUUUAUAAAUUCAAGAAAAUGAAGGCUGUAAUUAACUGUGGUUCUGGUGGUUGACUAAUAUAUGAAGAAUAUGGCUCUGGUAAUUAUCUAGUCGUCUUAUUUGGAAUAGUAAAUGAACAUUACAGCUAAUUUAAUGAUUGUAAAACAGUAAAUAUGUUCUUGUAGUUUUGUAAAUUUCAAUGACCUUACGACCUUGCUGACUAAGUUAAUUGUGCAGACGAUGGUAUACUAAUCCAUUAAACAAUUAAGAUCAUUUAUAUUCUUGCACAUUAAAAGACUUUAUUGGACAA